GGACCCUAACCCAACUUAACAAUAUCAUGUAACAAACCCACCUAACCAUACUUCAAUCACACCUUGUUUAUCAAAAGAAUCAUGGGCAAAUCAAAGAAAACUCGCAAAAUAGCAGUGAAACGGUUCGCCAAAAUGAAAACUAUGAUCAGCCCUAGUGAUCCCCGGAUUAAGGAGUCGUUGAGAGCACCGCCGCGCAAGAAGAAGCCCGAAGAUCCCCAGAAGCUCAAAGUGCGCGAGGUACCCCAAGCCAGCUCGGCGCUGUUCUUUCAAUACAACACUCAGCUGGGGCCCCCUUACCACAUACUGGUGGACACGAAUUUCAUCAACUUUUCCAUCAAGAACAAGCUGGACAUCAUGCAAAACAUGAUGGACUGUUUGUACGCGAAAUGUAUCCCUUAUAUUACCGAUUGCGUGUUGGGGGAACUGGAGAAACUGGGGCAGAAGUACAAAGUGGCGCUGCGUAUUAUUAAGGACCCCCGAUUUGAGCGCAUUCACUGCAUGCACAAGGGAACUUACGCGGAUGACUGUCUAGUGCAAAGGGUGACGCAACAUAAAUGCUACAUUGUGGCUACAAAUGAUCGGGACUUGAAGAGGAGGAUUAGGAAAAUACCGGGGGUGCCGAUAAUGUACGUGUCGCAACACAGGUACACUAUUGAAAGGAUGCCCGAUGCUUAUGGGGCGCCCAAAACGUAGGAUUGAUUGAAGAUUUAAUAUUAACAUUAAUAAGAAAUGCAAUUACAAAAA